UAUUGUGGCUAGCUUAAGCGCUCCGGCAAGCUCGAGCGUCCUCAAUAUUUAAAAUGUAUGAAUUUAAACGUGAAGAUACGAACAAAGAACGCAUGUAAAUAUAUAUUAGGCACACUAUCUAAUGCAAUAAGUCUACAAUUGAUUAGCUGGUUAGUUCAAUCGGAAUCGAAAGGGAACUAGCUAAGCUAGCAAGACAGCUAAUGUGUGCGCGAUAGUUGGCUGUUGACAUUCGGCGCUGCUUUCUUUGUUCGUGAUCUGUUUUGACCGGUUCAGCUGCAAAGCCCCUGUUUGCGAUCGCAAGAAUGAGCGAGGAGGAUAAUGCUACUUGUACGACUCCAGUGAACAAGGAUUCAAACAUUUCGCUUUUGCUCACCAAAGACGGACAGACGUACUUCGUGGACAAAAGUGGGGUUGUGGAAAGCCGGAAUGUGGUCACGCCGCACGAGCCGGACAGUGUGUUCCCUUUUGACAUGGAAGAUCCCGGCGACGAGAGCGACGUGCUGGAAACCACCGACCCCAGGGACAGCACUGCCAGCCCGGAGGACCUGAACGACGAGGAGACCUUUGGCGACAACGAGAAUGUGACCAAGAAAUGUACUUACGAGGGAUGCAGUGAGACCACCACCCAGGUGGCCAAGCAGCGGAAGCCCUGGAUGUGCAAGAAACAUCGUAAUAAAAUGUACAAAGACAAGUACAAAAAGAAAAAAAGCGACCAGGCCAUGUCAAGCGGAAAAUUAGACGAAAGCGCUGAGGAGAGACCAGUUUCUGUCACCAAGCAACGUCUGGGCAGCGUGGGAGAGCGUCCGGCGAGGCCGUCUCUCAUAGAACAAGUGUUGAACCAGAAAAGACUGUCGCUGUUGAGGAGCCCAGAAGUGAUCAGCUUCUUGCAGGAGCAACAGAGGCUGCUAACGGCUCAGACUCGCGCCCAAACGCAGCAGGACUAUUAAGGCUGUUAGCCGCGUGCUUCCGUUAGCGGCCAGAUCUCGGUCAGGAAAGUCUCAGCGGGCGAGUUUGGACAGCUCCACGCCAACCGCGGCCACCAUAAUGGGACGCAGGAUCGACGCUUUUUGUUCGCCAGAAGGGCUUGGCGGACCACGACUGGACUGUAAUCUCAACCGUUGUGAAAACAGUGUGCGCCAUUUGAUAAGGAUUUUUUUUUAUCGUUGCACGGUAGUGCUGUUUGUUCAGCAAUCUAUUAGAUCAGCAACAGUCACUAGUGUCGCUGUGACUAAACCACUUUUAAAUUACUCCAAGAACCGCACGUUUCAAACUCGACCUUCCUUUGAACAUGCGCUUACUGAUUUUUAAAUUAUUCAUCAAAUGUCUAUUUAUAAACUGAAUAUAUUUAUACAUCAGCUCGCAUAUUAUUUAGCAAAUUACGUGUCCAGAUAUGUUAUGGCAAACCCUGAUAGAAAUUCCAGCGAGUAGUUAUCCUUAUUGAAUUAAAAAUGGUGGAUAAUACUCUUGACCUUUUAAGUGAUCAGGUUUUAAAGAAAGACGCAAUUCGUCUCUUUAAUAGUUUUUUUUUUUUUUUACAUUUGUGAUUUACAAUAAUGCCAUACUGUAUUGCAUGACUUGUCAAUAUUGUUCGUUGUAAUUCGAUUGUGCAGAAUAAAACCGAAUUAAGUGUGGA